AUACAGCAAAGGGAUUUUUUUUUUUUCUUUCAAUCUUUUCAGCUUUCUGCUCGAGGCCACUUGUCCCUGUGGCCUGCAUUUGCAUCCAGGCAGACCAUCCUGGGGAAUCACAGACCCUGCAGCAUCCCAGAGGAGACGCAGUCUAGCAAUAAACAGGCCCUUCUCACCAUUCCAAAGCCACUCUACUUGGAGCAACUCGAGUCCUACUUAAGGGAAGAGCUGCAGUCUCUUGAUCUGACUAAAAAGAACUCCCAGGAACUGAAGUUACAGCCCUACAGAGAGGUCUUUGAAUUCCUCAUAGACAUCUUCAAGACCUACAAGCCCUUACUGUCAGCUAUAAAGAAGGAGUAUGAAGCUACUUUGGCUCAUCAGAAGACACAAAUUCGUGCCCUGGAGCCCCUGAAAGCUAGGGUCGCAAUCGUGUCCGAGGAGUGCACCCAGCAGAUACUGGCCCUGCAGGAAAAGCACAGGCAUGAAAUAAAUAUGUUAAAGCAAGAGAAACAACAUUUAUUAAAGACCAUUGACAACAUGAGGGAAGAAAAUAAUUCUCUUCAGACUCAGGUGGCACGGCUGCAGACGAGCGUGGCGGAGGAGUACACUCGCUAUCUCAACGAGCACGACGCCCGCAAACUGCUCCUCGCAAAACUCAACGAUAUGCGUAACGAAGAGCUGGAGAGGACACGGCACCAAGGCCAAGCUGUCAAGGGUGAAGAUGUGGUGAAGUUAACGCUGGCGUUAAAGAUGGCUCGGCAGGACCUCACAAAAGCCCAGGUGAAGCUGAACAAAAUGACAGCAGACUACGGAGAUGUUGUGCCCAGGAGAGAUUUUGAAUCACUAGAGAAAAAAUACUCUGAGUUACUUCAGGAG